AUGGCGGCUAAGAUCCAGCCUGAGACCCUCUUUAUAGGGAGAGAGAGGCCCAAACUGGCAGCAGGGUUCAAGGGCGUGCCCGCCUCCGGGCGGAAUCGUGGCGCCCAGAGCAGUGGAGGUCGGCGUACGGCAGAGGGCGCAGAGGAACUGCUCCGUCUGCCCGGAGCCCAGGCUCCCCGGUCCUGGAGCACCCUCCUCCCACCCGGCCGCCUCCGCGCCCCACCGCCGAAUCGCUGGCUCAGCCUCCGAGCGAGUGUGGGCACCGUCAGGAAGCACCUUUCCAGGCCACCCCGCAGCUAUCAUCUGCCCCCUUAUCCGGCCGCAGCCCAUUUUCUGGUCAACCUAGUCCCUGGUCUACGGGCAGUCCCGGACGCGCCACACCCUCCACAGGCAAUCCCUCUCCUCCCGCAGUUCCUUCCUUUCCAGCUCCUUCCCAAGUGCUCAGUCAGGGACAUCUGCUCUGCCGCGGUUGCACCUUCAGGGAGGAAUAUUUUUAACACUGUGAUGCCACAAAAGGAAACUUCUGAAGGCUGGAUGAAAAUGGCCUCUGUAUUCACAGUGCCUCAGGGCCCAGAUGCCCAGAGCCUAUGGGACAAGAAAGAAGGAGAAUCCAGGGACAAGAAAGAAAGAGUGUAUUGGAGUAGCACUCUCUCCUGGAGGUGGUGGUGACUGAAUGUGAGGCCUCUCUCAGAGGGGGCUACAUCUCCAGGGAAUCUUGGAGAGAGGAAUUCCCAAGCCAGAGGCCACGUGUGACCCGCAGAUAUUUUUGGUUUUGGUCAACAUCAUGGUAACCUCAAGAGUUUUGUAAGAAAAAAAAAAGAAGAUUUUACAUAAAAAUUUAGAUUUCUGGCUUAUUUUAGAAAAUGGAAGAACUGAAAAGUACUGGCCACACAUUCCUACUAAGAACUGGUUGAGUUAAGUGUUAUCGCCCUCUUUAAAAGAAACCUUUGUUCGCUGGUUUGCUGCAGGCCCUACCAGUCCUUAUUGCUCCCUGUCAUUAUCUCUGGCCUCCUCCUUCCAGUUAUGCCACUGCCUGGCUCCUGUAGCAUCUGAGCUUGUGACCUUUGACUUCAUCCAAAGAAAUUACACAGUAAUAGGAGCACAGAGAACCAUGAAGGCAAUAUUUCUGGGCAGAGGAGCAUCUCCUUGUUCUUAACAUCAUUCCAUUUGGGAGCCACCCUUCCUGGGAGAAGUGAAUGUUGCUACACAGCCUUGUGUGGAGCAUGUAGACUGCCAAAGGAUUUGGAAAAAAGUUCAUAAAGAUCUGCCAGCUCCCUGCCCCCACAGCCUGCCCCCUCCAGCAUCAGUAGUUGACCAUUUCAUCCUCAUCACCAGUGAGUUCAGGCCCCGAUUGCUCAUUCUCUGUGACCCAGGAUAGAGUCACCUUUGUGCCUGAGCCCAGCCUGACCUUGCAGCCGGUCCCAUUAUUAGGGCCCUUUGCUCUGUGCCAGCUGAUCUCCGAGUCUGGGGCUGCCCCUCACCUGAGUGCCUGCCUUGGCUUCCUACCAGCCCUGCAUUGCUCUGGGGACUGAGUUCUGCCCUGCCUUCCCAGGCAAGGUCCCUAGAACACCGCUGCUGCCGCCAGAGUCCUUGAGCUGCAGGAAUUUCUUCCUUCUUCCACCUCUGCCUUUCCCAGAGGCUGACCUGCCCUAACCCCUUAGGAUAGGCCUUAUCCUGUUGUGUGCCCAGCCCUGUGCACGAUGCUGCCAACACAGGUAAAAUUUGUCCAGGGAGUGGGGUUUAGGUGGGAUUUUGGCUCCCACUGGCCAUCUUUGUGCAGCUUUUGUGCACAACUGCACAAUGACUCUGAAUAGGUUCCCUGGCUCCUGAGCCCAGCCAUUGCUGUUUGGCCUCAUCCUCCCACUGAUCUGGCUUCCUUUCUGAUACCUAUCCUCCAGUUCCUCAUCAUUUCCUCUCCCUCCUUGUCUCACAUCUAAGCCUGGAGAAACAAGUGAUUAAUAUAAUAAUAAUUUACAUAUUGAGAUUUUGUCCAAGGCUGCGUACUAAGUGCUGCACGUGUAUUAUCAUAUUGGAUUCUUACAACCACCAUGCCAUCCCCAUUUGCUGGCUGAGAAAACUGAGGCACAGAGAGACUGAGGAAUUUCUUCAAGGCCCAGCAAAAAUGGGUGACAAAACCAGGAUUCAAACCUACGUCUGUCUGUUGCCACAGCUUACGCUUUUAACCACUCAACUCUGUUUCCAAAUCAAAGAAAGCUAGAAGGGAGGGAGGCUCAGAGAAACCAAUAACUUGCCUAAGAUCACACAGUUCAGUGGUGGAACUCGAAUUCAAACUCAGGUAGGUAUUCUGUCACCAAGUCCAGAGUCCCUUCACCUGUUGCUGGUACUCUUAGGCUGCCUCUUUCACUGUUCUGUUUGCUUCUCAGCUCCUGGUGUAUGAUGGGGCACAGGAGGUGCUCAGGAAACCCUUGCAAACCAAAGGACUUACUUACCUCGCCUCACUUGAUAUGCCUUGUUGGAGCUGUUCUCUCAUGGACUCCGAAUUGCUUUGAUAUCAGCCAGGAUGGCCUUGCCCACGGACAUGUUUGCUCUUAGCUCAGACCUGGAGGGCCUGGAAUUCCACCAUAGAAUGUAGUUUUCCUAGAAGGGGGACAGAAGACUAUAAGGAAUUGAAUUUAAAGUCCUAAUAUUUCAGGAUCCAUGAGUUUUUCUGAAAGUUUUCUAAGAGAAUGUGGGGAGUAUGAGAAAGUAAAGUUCUGAUUGAGGGUAGGUUGGGAGAGGACAGUGGGACAAAUCUGGCACAGCAGGGUAUGAAUACAAAUUCUAUUUAAAGUGGUUUUCCAGAAAUCAGA